AUGAUCUCGCCCGCGCGCGCGGCGGGCCGCGGGGCCGCCUGGACGCGCUGGCUCGUCGCGGCCCCGCCGCUGCUGCCCGGCGCGGCGUCGCCUCGCCCCGGCAGCGGAGCGCGGGCGGCGGGCCGCCGCCCAUGCGGGUCGCAGUCGGCGUUCCUGGGCAUCACUGGGGACAAGGAGAGGAGCAGAUUGCCCAAAAGCUUGCGGACGUCGACCGCGAGGGCCUCUGGGACACCGGGGGACCGGCUGCCCCGCGACGUUCGCGGCUCCUUGUCGGACGCCUCGCGGGUGCGCUUUGUGGGUUGGCUGGGCCACGGCGUGACGAAGGGCAAGGCGGCCAUCGUGCAGCUGUUCACUGCCGAGGAGGCGGACGCGAUCAUCGGCUGCAUGGACACUGACGGGCAGCGGGCGGGCGUCAUGAGCGCAGCGAAGACAGCUCAGCUGUACGUGGGCCGCGUCAACACUUCCCGGCACCUGAUCGCGGACCAGAGGCUGGCCGACCGCUUGUUCCGGAGGUUUCAGAAGUGCACCGUGGAGGAGGAGGACCCCGACGGCGCCGCCCCGGUGCCGUUCCUCUCCUUGAUGCGCUUCGGGGAGCAGGUGGUGGCUGUGAACGAGCGCAUCCGCCUCGUGACCACAGGCAGUGGCGGCGAGCACCAGAAGCACGCAGACAUCAACGGGGGGGAGCCGUCGGAGGACGGCCGGCGCGUCUCGAGGCUGACCUUCCAGUGCUACUUCAACCCCGAGGCCUACGAAGGGGGCCAGUUCCAGCUCCACCCACAGGGCGGCGCGGGGCCGGUGGACGUGCCCACCCGGAAGGGCUGCGCGGUGGUGUUCGUGAGGACCCCGAGCUGA